AUGCGGUCUGACUCUUUUGGUUGCAGGUGUUACCGCUUUGAUAGGCGGAAUCAUCGAGAUGGUCUCGAAGCGCUUGGCCAAUGUCUUCGCCACUGCACGUUCCUGGCUGUUGACGUAGAGUUUUCAGGAACUGGCGAGGAUCCCGCGGUCCACUCUGCGGACCUCAGUGUACGCUAUGAAGCCCUUCGCCGCUUAGCGGGGACGAGCGCAAUUUUCUCAGUCGGGAUCGUUUGCUUCACCGCCAAGUGCGAGGAGCUGCACAGAGCGAUUUGCGGCCUCAGUGAGGUAACCGCGGACCGGGAAGCGCUUCAGGUGCAAGUGCCAGCAGUCUGUGCCUAUCAGGCCCACGUCUUGGAGUUUUACUUUCACUGUCAGGAUGCUUUUACGAUAUCCGGUGAUACUGCAGCUUUUUUGGUACGGCAUGGUAUGGACUUUAACAGAGUGUUCGCACACGGGAUUCCGUACCGGCGCGUCGCUGCUGCUGAAGACGCGCUCCAUGAGGCAGCUCGUGCAGUGCCAGCUCCUGGAGGCACAACCGAGGAUGCAGCGUCUCAGUCGGGUUUCGGUCAUAUCAGCGUUGCCCGCGAACGCGGCUUGGGUGCCGAGCGCACACCAGAGCCCAAGCGUCUUCGUCGCCGGACCCAGAGGCAUCGUGGAUGCAACUCGACAGCGCAGCCCGCGGCCGAGCCGCUGCAUGUACUGAGCGUCCUCCUGGGCAGCGGUAAACCCGUCAUUUUCCACAACGGACUCUAUGAUCUGUUGCUUAUGUUUGCGGCGUUCGAAGCGCCGCUACCGCCGAGCGUCGAAGAAUUCAGGACGCAGCUAGCAACGCGGUGUCCCGGCUACUUUUUCGAUACGAGAGUGCUGGGAGAGUUCGUGCCCGCACGUCUACGUGAUUGUCCCGCAUAUCUGGAGUACGUCUUUCGCAAAUAUGAGCGUCGAUGGUUUCGGACCCAACGAGGUGUCCGGAUAGAAUUUCCGGAGCUCGCAGCGCCCGGUUACGUCUCCAAGAAAGCGACAAUUUAUGGGUCGCGAGCCGCAGCUUCUCCCGCUGCGAUCCCUCGAGUCUGCAAGCGGUAUGCGCGUUCAGGACAUUGCCGCUUGGAUGGAGACUGUCGUUUCUCUCACGACAUCGAUCAAAUCAUUGACGCAGAUGAAGCUUCAAAAACUGAAACAGGUGACGGCUUCGAUGAAGCAGUUGCAGUAGAGGCAUGCCAACCCAACGGCGGGCACGCUGUGCGAGAGAUGGAGAGUGCAUGUACCCUGGACACGAGUCCCGCAGCCAUCUGCGAGACCCUGAAGUCGCAGCAUAUAUCGCUGGACUUGAGUGAAUCUUUGGGGAUACCGGUUUCAGAACGGCCAACGGAGCAGCCUUCAUCGGUGGAUGCGUUUGUCACGAGUUUCUCUCCGGAUGAAUCGGAACACCUCGAGGACAGGUCUGCUGGACAGAAACCUCCUGAAACUUACCCCAAACGGUCGAAUGAUCCAGUCUCUGGCUGUCGAGCAGCAGCAACAGCAGCGUGUCAAUCAUCCUUGGGUAACAGUAUGUUUGUCGCUGGCGAUGAUAACGCAGAGGCAGCGCGCUUCGCGUCGAUGCCUCCGUUGCAUGCGGACGCUGCUUCGGGCGAUGCCCAGAGUGCUACGUUGGACAGGGCAGCCCAUUCGGCAGGAUAUGACGCUUUCUGCACCGGUUACGUCUUUGCGAGCAUGUUGGCGUUGCCCAGUGUGCAACUUGCGCGAGUUUCUUCCUUUGCGAACAGGAUUUAUCUCACAGGCAGUGCACCCCAGACGCUCUGUCUAACACCCGGGAGCUCACCGGUCGCUUCACAGCUGGAACCAGUAAUAAACAGUGGCGCGGGAGACUCUUGA